AUGGAAGAGACUGAUUGUAAAACUUUAUUUUCUAAUUUUGAUGAAAUACCUGAUGAUAUUGUUUGUGAAAUUAAAGGUAAUGUUCCUACAUGGUUAAAAGGAACAUUAUUAAGAAAUGGACCUGGAAUGUUUAAAAUUGGUGAUACCUCUUAUAAUCAUUGGUUUGAUGGAAUGGCAUAUAUUCAAAAAUAUGCUAUUGAAAAUGGAAAAAUGAAAUAUUCGGCAAAAUAUUUAAAAUCAGAUACCUAUAAUGAUAAUAUGAGAGCAAAUAGAAUAGUUGUAAAUGAAUUUGGUACUUCAGCGUUUUCUGAUCCUUGUAAAAAUAUAUUUAAAAAAUUUUUUAAUUUUUUUUUACCUGAUAAGACAACAGAUAAUUGUUUGGUAAACUUUGUUAAAUGUAGUGAUAAAGUUUAUGCAACCACUGAGACUCCAUAUCUCAGAGAAAUUGAUAUUAAUACUUUAGAGACAGGUGAAAAGAUUGAUAUGAACAAAUAUAUUGCAUUACAUACAAAUACUGCACACCAACAUUAUGAUAAGGAAGGAAAUAUUUAUAAUAUUGGUUCAUCUUUUGGUAAAAAUGCUACAUUUAUUUUUACAAAAACUAUACCACCUAAAAAUAAAAAUAUUGGUGAAGAUGAGGAUAAUUUUAAGAAUACUGAAAUUAUAGGAAAAAUUUUAGCAACAAAUUCAUUGAUGCCACCAUAUUAUCAUUCAUUUGGUUAUACAGAUAAUUAUAUGAUUUUAAUUGACUCACCAUUACGUAUGAAUAUUAAAAAAGUAUUGGGAAAAAAAUUAACUGGAAUUUCAUUUAGAGAAACUUUUGAAUGGCUUGAAAAUACAAAUACAUAUAUUCAUGUUUUAGAUAAAAAAACUGGAAAAAAAAUAGAUAUUGAUAUUGAAAGUGAACCAUUUUUUGUUUUUCAUCAUGCAAAUUCAUUUGAAAUUGAUGAUUUUAUUGUAAUUGAUUUGUGUGCUGUUGAAGAACCAGGAUUAUUAGAUGAAUUUAAUUUAAAUGAAUUAAGGGAAGGAAAAAUUUUACAGACAAAUGAUUCACGUUGUGCAUUUUUACAUAGAAUAAUUCUUCCAACGAAAAUUUCAUCAACAGCUAAAGAAAAUGAUGAUUUAUUAAUUAAUUAUCCUGAUAAAUCACAUAGAUGUCGUGCUACACUUACUGAUGAAGGAAAAGUAUUAUGUAGAGGUGAAAGAUUAUGCCCAAUACCAUUUGAAUUUCCUCAAUUUAAUUAUAAUUUAUGUGGUAAACCAUCAAAAUAUGUUUAUGGAGCAAUAAUACAACGUUUAGAAAAAGAUGGUGAUGCAAUAAUUAAAGUUGAUACAACAACAAAAACAUACAUAACAUGGAAAAAAGAUAAAAAAUCACACUUACCAACUGAACCAAUAUUUAUACCAUCUCCAGAUGGAACUGAAGAAGAUGAUGGUAUACUAAUGUUACCAAUUAUAACAAACUACAAAUCUGGAGAUAAACCAUUUGUAUUAUUUCUUGAUGCUAAAGAUUUAUCUGAAAUUGGUAGAAGUUAUAUACCAGUUCAAUUACCAAUGGGUUUUCAUGCUAUGUAUGUACCAAAAUGA